AUGAAGACCUCUGCCCUUUUCUCCAAAAAAAUCUCCGUCUUUUGUAAAUUCAGAAGAAACAUUUUCAACACCAUUAACCGAAAUGAUGAGACGCCAAAUUUGAACACUAUCCAUUUGAGCCAAUCUACCGAUGGGGAGGGCUACGCCGGAGAAGACGAAACGAACAAAUAUGAGGAAGCAGUGGAUAGGGAAGCACACCUGUGCAAGGAAGAACACAUCCCAUACAAUCUGAUAAGAGAAAAACACCUCUAUGGAGUUAACUUAAACGUGGAUAUAUUUCUCCUCAAAAAUAAUAACAUCGUCUUUUUCCUGCACAAUGUAAUAAACAUUUACAACCCUGUAAUAAAAUCGUUGAGGGCUCUGUUUACGAAGAAUGAUUGUGUUAUCACUUGUUCGGUUCUGCAUGAGGACUCACUCAUAGUUGUCUUGUAUGGAUCCGCCCGGUGUUCAUGUAAUGCGAGUGGAGGGACGGCAAACUUCCGCAAUAUGCAAGGGGUUACUUUGGUUGAACACAUCCACGGCAUACAAAUAUAUUGCACAGAAAGACAAACACUCAAGGAAGAAAUAAUAUUAGAUGAUCAUGACUUUUACGAAAAAAUUUUUGUCCAGAAGGAGAAUAACUACUUCGUGUUGAUAACGAAUAAACGGGUUCUAAAGGUUCUGGAUUCAGAAAAAAAAACCUUCAUUUUAAACAUGUAUCUGCAUCUGGAAUAUUGCAACACUGCACAGUACUAUGAUUUCUUUUUAAUUUUACGGAAAAGGAAGCUAUUUUUGUGGAACUUGGAGCGGACUUACACAGGCCUUAAAAUGAAAGAGAAGAACCUGGAGAUUGACCCAACGGUGCAAGUGAAUUGCUUUGGGUUCUGCGAGAAGAACAUUCUGAUCGGGACAUCCGACGGGAGACUCUUCCUACUGAAGGACCUCGUGGAAAAAUGGAUAAUAAAAAAUGAAAAUGGACAAGUUCACUUUCACAAGAACAUCUGCUACAUACAUUACUACGACGGAUACAUAACCACCAAAGAUGGGGACUCCCUCAAAUUGUGGGCUUGCCAAUUCAGAGGAGACAACCUUCCCACGCAGAAGGAACUGUUCAUCAAACUGGAAAAAGACGUGUCUGUCCAAGUUAAUAUGAGCAAAAUAAUUUCCCAUGAAAAGUUCUUCCUCCUGAUCGAUAAAAAAAACUGUGCCAUAUAUUCUUCCAAAAAAAAUAACUACGAUGAUUUAAGUACAUUCUUUUAUACACAUAACAGCAAAAUAAAAAAUAUCUUCUCCUGGGAAAAUCAUAUCUUCAGCUUUAGCUACAAUGGGAAAGUUUUUAAUUACCAACUGGAUGAGAAAAAAGUGGAAAGGAAUUAUUGCCUUUAUAGAUUUAGAGAGUUUAUCACCUGCGUCAAGUACCUUUACCGGGAAAAUGAUUUUUUUUUUUUCUGCAUUGGUUUUAAUAAUGGCGUUAUAUACAUAGUAAAAAUGAAGCACCUCUUUCUGGACGUUGUGACUUGCGUAAAGACAAGCAAUAAUUCGAUCGUCCACAUUGAGAAAAGCGAAAAUUGCAAGUACAUAUGUGUCAUAGCGCAGGAGGAAGAGUAUGUUUUUUUUUUACACAAACAGGGGAAUGUGUUUAAGCCACUGGGAUAUUUGAAGAUUUGCGAAGCGGAGCUGAGGGGCUCCUUCUACUUGCCAUCCACCCGGUCUUUUUACAUCCUCGGGGCGCGAAACCUGCUCUUCCGGGUUUGCACGGAGCGGUUGGCGGAGCACACAUCGGAGGAGUCACCACAUAUAUUGGCCAGCGAGGAAAAUCCGUACGACCUUCUCAUCGAGUAUGAAAUCCUCGAGGUACAAUUCAACUACGAAGAGGAUGAGUCUUGCAUGUAUGAACCCAGGGGAAGAAGAAGCGGAGGAAGCAGCGCUGUUAUGGACAGAACGAACAGCCACACCGAAUACAGCGAUAGUGAGGGGGACUCCCCCCUGAACAGCUCUUCCAGUGAUAUAUCCGAAGGGGAGUACGACAAAAUGAACUUUUACAGAGAUAAAAUGAGCCUGACGAAAAACACAGAGGAAGAAACAGAGCAAAAAAAAACCUCCAUACAAUUAUCCAUUUUUAAUAACAAAAGGAAAAAUCUACAAAAAUACGUAGAGACACUGUUUAGUGAGUCCGUGAUGAACAAGCUGGAAAAAAGACGAAAAAGAUAUCCCACUUGUUUAAGCAUAAAUCUGGAAAGAGAUAAAAGAAAGGAAGAAGGAAAAGAAAACGCAGAGGAGGAAAAAAAAAAUAAAUUAAACACUGGGAAGUGUCUAGAAAUAAAUAUUUCUUGUAUAGCAAAAAUGAAUGAUAAUGGAUUUGUUCUAACAACUGAGGGGAUAAAAAAUAAUUGCAUCUUUUUUUUACACCUUAAUGGAAGGAGCAGUCGGAGAUACAGAAUGGAAAACGGGCGAAGAAGGAAUAUCUUGCGCCCAACCGUGGUGUACAAAAUUGCCCGGAAGAAUUUCCCCGAAAGGGUGUCCAUAGUUAGCAUGACGGUGAAUGAAGCGAAUCACCUACUCUUCUGCUUAACAAACCAUAACAACAUUUUUGUCUUCUCCACAAAAUAUUUUUUCUUAUAUUAUCGAGUUAAAAUCCCACUGUAUGAAAAGGUCCGCAACAUUUACGUAAACGAAGGGGAAAUGAAAAGACAGUACAUUUUUGUCAGUCUGGGAAAUAAUUACAUAAAACUGGAUUUUCACUUUUUCUUCGUGCACCUGUUUAAUGUGUUAAAGAGAUACCAUGUUAGUGCACACCGGUGGGUACAACGCUUCGCAGGAGGGACACAAAUGGAAAAUUCCACCUCCUCGGAAAUGCCACACUUAACGAUGGACUCGUUGCACCAAUUUUUGGUCGAAGAAAUUCAUGACUAUAUUCAACAAAAGGAAGGGGAAUUAUCCAGCAGCACCAAAGAGGAGACAACCAAAAACAACCAUGAAGAUAAGGGGCGCUCCGAACGUAACGAUAUAAUGGACAUUUGGAACUUCAUCCAAAAUAACAACAAAGAGGAGGAAAAGGAAAAAAUUGAAGAACAGAAAAAAAAGAUAAACCUUAUUUUAAAUUACGACCAACGUAACAUGAUCACCAUUUUUAACACCAAUGAGGUGGUCCAGGAUGAAGACAUCCUGUAUAGUUUACGCGAAACGAAAGAAGCAAAGGAGAAUGAAGAAAAUGUGAGGAGGGCACUUUUACAUAAAAAAAAUAUGAACAUGAAAAUUAACAAACUAAAAAAAAAAUAUCUCAAAUUUUUAAAAAAAAAAAAAUUUCUCAUCGAUGUAGACAUGUCCAAAAGGAUCUACAAAAAUCUCAAAAACAAAAUAAAAGAAUACGAACAAGUGUUUUCGUACAACCAACGGGAGUAUGAUGAAAGAAUUCGCUAUCUUAUCCGGACGUAUCAACGAUUGAAAUUUUCAACACAUCAUCUAACUUCCCACACAAUGGAUGGAAAAGCGCCACUAACCAUGACAUCCAUAAAAAUGUACUUGAAAAAUGGGCGUUUGAACGAAUUUGUGAAAAAAAAAAAAAAAAAAUAUAAGAAGAGGAAAAUUAAAAAGGAAGUACAACUUAUGGACCAGGUGAAUCAGUCCCUCCAUCAAUUUAACGACAACAGACAGAAAAAUCAAAAGCAAAAAGUUGUAAACAAUGAAGACAAAAUUGAAGAAAUUUGUCACAAGAAGAAAAUCAUUAAAAUGUAUGAACAAGUUCUUGCUCAGCUUGACCAGAUGGAGAAUUCUGCAGCGCCCCCGAGGCCCCCCCGGAGGAUAUCGAGCAUAACCGAGAUAAUUCGGGAAUACGAAGACGACAAGAGGAAGCUCCUGCACCAGAUUAACUUCAUCAAGGAGAUGUUCAACGAGGACUUCCGUUUGGUCAUGUCACAGAUGGAGGAGCGAAUGGCGCAGAUGCACGAUGAAGUACUUUUUUUGAGGGAGGCCCUACAGAAGGAGAAGCCGCCACAAGGUAAAGUGUCCCAAGGGGAAGGAGUAGAACCCCAGGAAGGGGAUGUUUGCCACUCUUCUGCUCAGAUGGAAGCCCCCCUGCCCGAGAUGGCUACCUCCCCCGAGGUUAUCUCUUCCCAUUCCGAGCAUGUGGAUACCCUGCCCCUGCCGGAGAAGGCGCCAUCUUCCGUGCUGGACCACCUUGAGCAAUUUAUCCUGAAGAAGAAAGGAACAACCGUUCCAAAAAUAAAAAGUAUAAAUUUUGACCGGACCUACUUUGAAAAGAAAAACAAGCUUUACAACAAAGAGCAGAUCGAAAGACAGUUGGAAAAAAUCAGAAAAAAAUUUGCUCAAGAGGUAAGGUUGCUACACAUGAAAAAGAUAGAAGCCAUUCGGAUAAUAAAAUUUAUUUCCCUCAAAAUUGUGGCCAUCGAUGAAAAAAACAGCAUAUUAAUGCAACUGCGAAAGAGGGAAGUCAAGUUAAGGAAGCAGAGGAAGAUGUUUACAAAGGAGUUGAGCAUUCUGGAUAAUCAGAUGAACACAUAUAUUCAGGAAAUGCAAAUGUUGGUCUACGACUUGGACUGUCACAAUGAACAAAAGGAUAAGAACCUCCAAAGGGUUAAGGAAAUGAUGGGCGAAGACAGUCUCUGCUACAGGACGCUUAUCAAGGGGCUUCGGAAAAAUCAGGAUGAGGCAUCUGAUGAGAGUGACGGAGGGUACUCCAAGGGGGGUGCGCCAGGUGAGGAAGAAGACGGUAGUGAAAUUCCCGCGAGCGAAUGUGCCGAACUGGGCCAAACACAGACACAGGAGAAUGAUCAGGUCGAUCAAGCUGAUCACGUGGAUAACGUGCCUCCGCUGAAGAAAAACGGAUUAAACAAAACGGACCAAAUCGAGAAAAUAAAAAAAGAAAACAUGUCCAUUUUGAACGGAAUAAACAACAUAAAGAAAAAUAUAGAAUAUAAAAAAAACGAGCAGAGAAAAUUACUGACAAAAAAAAAAAACAUCGAAAAAGAAGUCCACAUGUUAAACGAAGAAAUGAAAGUUAUUGAGGAAGACAAAAAAAAAAAUAUUUCCCAAGUUAAAUUUUACAUCCUUGUAAAAAUUUCAAAGUUAAGAAAUAUAGACUAUCUGUAUGAUAAGAAAAAGUACCGUUUAAAUUUGAGCAGCAAUUGUACCAUCAUCAGCAGAGAACAGUACAGAGACAUUAUGCAAAAAAUGGAAAAACUCAUACACAGGAAGGAAGAAUUAACUAAAAUUUACACAACUCUAAAAAGGGAAAAUGCAGAAUUGGAACAUGUAAAUAAUAAGUUGUCUAAAAAUAUGAACGAUAAAAAAAAUGCACUAAAAAAUAAAUUGAAAAAACAUGAUUUAAUUUUUGACUUUAACGAUUUGGAAAAAAAAUAUCAGGAGAAAAAAAAAAAGGGAAUUAUACAAGAAAUUAAAAACACGGAAAUUGAAAAUAACAGACAUUUGAACAUCCUUCAUAGGGAACUCAGCCAGAAGAAUGCUCAACUGAAUGACGUGCGUAGGGAGAAUACACUCCUCCUGGAAAAAAUCAACCAGUAUAUUGAAUUGCUUAAGGGAAGGACAGAUAAUAACAAAACCAUUGGCUAG